AUGGCUUCGAACAUCACCGUCGAUCCGUUCGAGAACUGCACUUCAGUCACACCAUUAUGUCCCGUCGAAGCAACCACUUAUGGCUAUACACCUAACUUGGCCGCCAAUGUUAUCCUCCUGGUAGUCUUCGGCCUCACAGCCAGCGCCCAACUCGGCCUUGCAAUCAAGACUCGCCUCCCAGCCUUCGGCACCGUCGUCACAGCCGGCUGCGUAGCAGAAGCAAUCGGCUACAUUGGCCGAAUUAUCAUGCACAACAACCCAUGGAACGAAAAUGGCUUCAUGAUCCAGAUCGUCUGCAUAAUCCUCGCCCCCUCCUUCCUCGCCGCCGGCAUCUACCUAACCCUCAAACACAUAAUCCUAACCCUCGGCCCCUCCAAAUCGCGCCUACCCCCAUACCUCUACACCUGGAUUUUCAUCUCCGCCGAUGCCCUCUCCAUCAUCCUCCAAGCGGCCGGCGGUGGAAUUGCCGCCGGCAGCGACAACGACCCCGACUUGCAGGAUAUCGGCAACAAUCUCAUGAUCGCGGGUGUCGCCGUCCAGGUCGCGACUAUGGCAAUUUGCUUUUUGCUAGCGAUCGAUUUCGGCGUCGCGUUGGUGCGGAGUAAGAGUAUUUCGAGGAAGGGGUAUGGAGGUGGGGAGGGGUUGGGCGGAGGACAUGAGGAGUAUUCGAGGACGGGGCGGUUUAGGGUUUAUUUGGUGUGUACGUGUCUGGCGUUUACGACGAUUUUUAUUCGGUGCAUAUACCGACUUCCUGAGAUGGCGGGUGGUUGGGGCGGUUCUCUUAUGAGGAAGGAGACGGACUUUAUGAUUCUAGAUGGAGCCAUGAUCGCAAUCGCAUGUAUCCUGUUGACGGUCGCUCAUCCGGGCAUCUUCUUCCCUGAUAUGCGCAUUCGCCCGAGCAAGCUCCAGUCGCCUUCAAUGGAAGAGUUGAAGUGA